AUGUCUAGAGCUGAAAAGCUAAUUACCUUCAUGCGAAACCUUACUGCAGAAGUGGACUUCUCUAAAAGAUGGGGUGUCGAUUACUAUUUGAGUGCUGCUGGGCUGGAUGUAGAUACUAAUUAUCGUCGUCUAGGAUUGGGGACUCAUCUGUUAUUAGCGAGAGAAAAGAUAGCUCAAGCAUACAACAUCUCAGUUACUUUCACAUUUUUCUCUUCGCCAGCCUCACAAAAAACUGCGGAGAAAGCUGGCUUGAGAGGCUUUUUUGAAAAACGCUGGAACGACAUUGUUGAUGACAAAGGAAACAUUGUUUUUCCAGGACUUGGAGAUACUUAUUGCAAAGUAAUGGAAAAGAAAUUCGAGUAA